AAAAAAAAAAAAAAAAAAAAAAUCCUUCUUUACGGUACUCCCUUCUUCAUCAGCUUUCCACUGCCACCGAUACCUCCUCUUUCUGUAAUGCCCCCACAACCCGGCCCUUACUGCUGCUUUUUUUGUUUUUAAAUCCUUCUCCUUCUUCUUCUCCUUCUCCUCCUCCUACUCCUCCUCCUCCUCUUGUAGUUGUAACUUGUAAAUGCCUCUCCUCUUUAAUCUCUCUCUUGCUUGUCGUUUUUAAUGCUCGUAUGAUUUUGUAUGGCGAGCGGCGCGCGUACUUCCUUACUCGACAUCUUCUUGCUCCUCUUCUUCCUCCUCUCCCUCCACUUGGGCUGCUGCUUCUCCCCGAGCCGCAGCCAAGAUGAUCCAGACCCGCAGCACGCCCGUCCGAAGAGGAGAAAGAUUUCUCCUCUUUCCCCCUCCCCUCCCGCGUCCGACCCCGACUCCGACUCCGACUCCGGCGAUGCGAGACCCGAUCGGAACGGCGGCCUCGGCCUCGGCCUCUCUCUGACCUCCGUCCGAUCUUACCUCAGACGCUUCUUCUCCGUCCCCAAGCGCGGCGGCAGGGAAGACAUCCGGUCCCCUCCCGUCGACCUCUCGCCGUGCCCGUGCCCGUGCCCUCGCAUCGCGGCCGACAAAUCCCCUUCGUCCGGGUCGGCAGGCAUCUCGGCGGCCGACUGCCCCUGCCCUCCGGGUACGAAGCACACGUCGUUCGCGUCCCGCGCGGACGUCUUCGCCUGCUCGGCGUGCGGCGAGGUGCUGACGAAGCCCCACCUCCUGGAGCUCCACCAGGCCACGAAGCACUCCCUCUCCGAGCUCUCCGACGCCGACUCCGGCAAGAACAUCGUGCGCAUCAUCUUCCUGUCGGGCUGGAAGGGGAGGGCGCCCCCCACCGUGCGCCGCAUCCUCAAGGUCCACAACACCCAGCGCACCCUCGCGCGCUUCGAGGAGUACCGCGACCUGGUCCGCUCGCGGGCGGCGCGGCGGGGCGGCGGCGCGGAAUUCGAGCGCUGCAUCGCCGACGGGAACGAGCGGCUGCGCUUCUACUGCUCGACGAUGCUGUGCUCGCUGGGGGGCGGGGCGUGCGGGAGCCCUUACUGCUGCACCUGCGGGAUCGUGCGCCACGGCUUCGCGGGGAAGCAGGCCGACCUGGACGGCAUCGCCACGCACGCCUCCAGCUGGGGCGCCCACGCCUCGCUGCCCGACGACCUGGAGCGCGAGUUCGCCUACCUGCGCGCGCGCAGGGCGAUGCUGGUCUGCCGGGUGGUGGCGAGCGCGAGCGCGGACGAGCAACUGGAAGCCGCGGAGAAGGGGGCGGGCGGGGCGUUCGACUCGGUGGCGGCGGGGGACGAGCAGCUGUUGGUGUUCAAUCCCAGGGCUGUGCUGCCGUGCUUCGUAAUUGUUUACUCGGCAUGAGCGCGAGCACGAGCGCGAGCGCGAGCGCGAGCACGAGCACGAGCUGAGCUCGCGGCGUUGCGUGUGACGUGUCCGGUCUAGACUCUAGACUCUAGACUCUAGACUCUAGAGGGGUGUCCCCUGCUCUCUCGUCCCUUCCCUCCCUCUGUCGUGAAUCCAGUCGCUCCGCGUGCUGCGACUGCGACAUCGGAUAAACUGGCCUCGCCGCCGGCGCGCUGAGAUCUGACGGUUGUAGUUGCUGCGUACGUACGUUGGAUGUCCAUAAGCAACUUGCUCGCUGUUGUUUUUUUAUUUAAAUUAAGACUGUAGAUAAAUAUGGCUACAGAUUUGGGCGUUUCAACUUUAUUAGUAAAUUAAUUAAUCAUGCAAUCAUAUUGUUCGGUGCAGAGCACAAAGACAUUCCAUCCGUAGAUCAAGACUGUCGAAGCCUUUAUUCUAAAAAAAGAAAAAUUAAAUCAAAUUAGGUUAUCUGCGGGGAAGAGUUUGAGAAACAAGCAUAAUUUCAGGAGUGGCUUGAUGAGCUGGAUUUAAGGCUGAGUUGGAUCA